CAGAAAUUUUAUGAGGAUAUUGAGUACUGACUGCUAUCAGAAGCUUAAACAGGACAUUCUCAAGGCUGCAGCAACCUGAUUCCGAUUCUACUGCAUAAGAAAUGGCAACAGAAGCUGAUACUUCAGAUCCUACAUCUCUAAUGAAAAGAGAAAUGGAAGACAAAGAGCCUACAGGUGAACUUGUAAAUAUACCUGUCAAUAAGGUUCCCCCAGAAAAAAAGAAAAAAAUUGAAUCUUGGCUUAGCCAACCUCUUGAUACCAUUAAAAUAUUGGAAAAGACUGAAAUCAUGCAUGUAGAAGAAGACAAUAUUGAGGUUGCAAGUGUAAAUGCCACCAAUAAAGACAAUAUUGGAAUGACUAUGGGAGAAAUUUAUACAAAAUUGCCCAGACUUGCUGAUGAAGUGAAGAAUAUUGAAGAAAAUCAAUUGAAUACCAAAGAACUUGGUGGCUGGCUGGAGGAGGAGAAUAGAGGCAUGGUAAGAGAUCAGAAGACCAUAGGGGAGGCAAGCUCCUGUCAAAAUGCAGGAGUCAUAAUUCAAACUCCAGAUUUGAUAGAAGAUUUGGGAAUGGAUUUUGAAAAAUUAACAGGUCUUUCCAACAAGGAGGAAAGGAUGGAGCAUGCAUCAAGUAAAGAUACAGAGGAUGAAAAAAAUGAGGGAAAGGAAAUUCCAGGUGAUGAUGUGAGAGAUCAUUGUAUCUUAAGAGAAACAGUCUGCCCAGAAAAUCAAAAAACAGAAGAGGCAACAGAAAGCAGUGAUGCUGCAACGGAAAAGCUUAGUAGCUCACUGAUCCCUGCACCAGACAUAGAUGUGAAUCUUAAAGAGAACUCCAGCAUGGAAUGCAAGGAAGGAAGACAAGAAACAGUUGAAUUAAGAAAGAAGUUGAAAGAUGCAACUUCAACAGAAGUUCCAAAAGAGAACGUAGAAUCUUUUUUUGUUGAAAAAGUUGAAAAUAUGUGCUUUGAGAAAAUAGGCAAGUCAGAGAUACCCCAUGAAGAAUCUGAAACUGGGUUGAAUGAUAUCAUCAAGGAUGAUCAAGAUGAAUCAGACAACCAAAAUACAAUCCUUGAAAAUAUUGCAAAAGCCAAUAGCAGUCAAAUUAUGACAGGUAAGGAUAAUGAGAACCUUCAACCAGAAGCUGAUAUAGCAUUUAGUAAGCCAAAAGAAAGCAUGAGGAGAAGACAAAGUGGGAACCUCCCAUCAGCAGAAGUGCAGACAAAAGAAUGCAAACAUGAAGAAGUUAUGGUUAUGGCAGGUGAAGAUGACAGUGUGGCUGCAGAGGACAAAAAAGAAAUAUUAAAAUAUGAGGAAGACUCAAAGCAGUUCAUACAGAAAAUUGAACCAGGAAAUGCAAACCUGAGAAACCCCUUGGAUGUAGCUCAGGAGGAGAUUGUAACAACUUCCACUAAUAAGCAUUCUGAGAAGAUCACCAACAGAGAGAAGCAAGUAUCGGUUCAUAGUCUGGAAGAAAUCCUUAGGGAAACAACGAAGGAUGAAACCAAUGAGAAGGAUUUUCCAGAAGACAAGAAUCUUCAUCCAGCUGGCGUAGAUGAGAUGAUCAGAAAUGAGGCGUCUGACAUUCCAAACAAGAAUGGUAAUGACUUUUAUGUCACCCAUCCUCCACAGGAAGAAACAAUCCAAGUGGGAAAUGAAAAUCGGGAUCAAGUUUCCACAUCAGAACUGGGGGAAAAAGUUCAGGAAGAAUUUGAAGUUCCCAAGGAAGAAGAAAAGCAUGCUAAUGACAGAGGUCUAGACAAUACCAUUCCAGCACAUACAUGCACUGAAGGGGCAAUAAACCUGGAACCAACGGCAACAACAUGUAAGACACAGAAUAAGCUUCAAAAGUCAGGCAAACUUAGCACAGAAGAAGAAUUAAAGGGGGUCAAUCCUGAGGAGAAAAGUGAACCAGAAAAAGAAAAUCUGGGAAGCCCCUUGGAUGUAGGUUCUGAGAAAAUUAACACAAUAACUGUCAAUGAGCAGGCCGAAAUGAUUGUCAAGGAGGAAAAAUCUAGAAGCCCCGAAAGGGUCCAAGAAGAAAGGACAGAGAAAACAAUAACAGAUAAUGAUAUCAUGGAGAAGGAAAUAUCAGAAGAAAAGAAUGUCUCAGGAUCUGAUUUGGAUGAUAAGAUGACAAGUUCAGAAAUUGAGAUCAUCAACAAGAAUGAUACAGAAUUAUGUGUCAACCAUCUGGUUGUUGAAGAAACAGUGGAAAUGCCAGGUGAAAAAAAUGUUGCAGUUUCCAUGUCAAAAUUUGGGCAUCAAGUUCAUGAAGAGUUUGAAGUUCCCAUGGAAGAGGAAAAUCAGGUUAAUGAGAGCAGUCCAGGCAAUAUCAAUCCAGGAGAUAGAUGCACUAAAGGUCCAAUAAACCUGGAACCAACCCCAGCAUGUACGACAGAGCACAAGCUUGAAAAGUGUGGUGAACUUACCACAAAUGAGGAAUUAAAGGGGAUCAAUCCUGAGGAGAAAAUGGACCCAGAGAAAGAAAAUCUGGUAAGCCCCUCAAUUGUAGGUUCUGAGAAAAUUAACACAAUUGCUGUAGAUGAGCAGGCUGAAAUGAUUGUCAACGAGCAGAAACCUAGAAGCCCCAAAGGCAUACAUGUUGAAACAACAGAUGAAACUAUAAUUGCUAAUGACAUUGAGGAGGAAAUUUCAGAAGAAAAGAGUGUCGAGAAAUCUGAUUUUGAUGAAAGGAUUAUAAUUUCAGAAACUGAGAUCCUGAACCAGAAUGAUAAUGAGUUAGGUGACAACCAUCUGGCUGUGGAACAAACAGUGGAAGUGAGAGGUCAAAAAGAUGAUGCAGUUUCCAUGUCUGAAUUGGGGGAUCAAGUUCAUAAAGAAUUUGAAGUUCCCAAGGAAGAGGAAAAGCAUGUUAAUGAGAGAGGUCAAGAUAAUACAAUUCCAGAAAAUACAUGCACUGAAGGGCCAAUACACCUGGAAUCAACCCCAACAUCUAAGAUAGAGAAUGUGUUUGAAAAGUGUGAUGAACUUAGCACAGAAGAGGAAUUAAAGGGGAUCAAUCCUGAGGAGAAAAGUGAACCACAAAAAGCAAACCAGGGAAGCCUCUCAGAUGUAGGUUCCAAGGAAAUUAAUAUCAUAGCUGUCAAUCAAGAGGAUGGAAUGAUUGUCAAGGAGCAAAACCUUAUAAUCUCCAAAAGAGUCCAUGAGGAAAGGAUGGCAGAUAAAACCAUAAUUUACAAUGAGGAGGAAAUCUUAAAAGAAAAGAGUGUCUCAGAAUCUGAUAUAAAUGAUAGGAUUACAAGUUCAGAAACAGAGAUCCUGAGCAAGAAUGGUACUGAUUUAGGUGACAACCAUCUGGUUGUGGAACAAAGAGUGGAAGUAGGAAGUCAAAAAGAUGAUGCAGUUUCCAGAUCAGAAUUGCAUGAGCGAGCGCAAGAAGAAUUUGACGUUCCCAAGGAAGAGGACAAGCAAAACAAUGAGAACAAUUCAGACAAUAGCUUUCCAGCACAUACAUGCACUGAUGGGGCAAUAAACCCUGAAACAAUCACAACAACAUGCAAUACAGAUAAUGAGCUUGAAAAUGGUGGUGAACAUAGCACAAAAGAGGAAUCAAAUGAGAACAAUCCUGAGGAGAAACACAAAUUAGAAAAAGAAAACCUGGAAAGCCCCUCGGAUGUAGGUUCUGAGGAAAUUAACACAAUUGCAGUCAAUGAGGAGGCUGAAAUGAUUGUCAAGGCAGAAAAACCUAGAAGCCCUGAAGGAAUCCAUGAAGAAAGGACACAUGAAACAAUAAUUGCUAAUGAUAUCAAGGUGGAAGAAAUUUCAGAAGAGAAGAAUGUCUUGGCUUUUGAUUUGGAUGAUACGAUUAAAAGUUCUGAUAUUGAGAUCCUAAACGAGAAUGAUACUGAAUUAGGUGCCAACCAUCUUGUUGUGGAACAAACAGUGGAAGUGGGAGGUCAAAAAGAUGAUGUAAUUUCCACGUCAGCAUUGGGGGAUCAAGCUCAUGAAGAAUUUGAGGUCCCCAAGGAAGAGGAAAAGCAUAUUAAUGAGAAAGGUCCAGACAAUAAGGUUCCAGAACAUACAUGCACUGAAGGGGCAAUAGACCUGAAACCAAUAGCAACAACAAUUAAGACAGAGAAUAAGCUUGAAAAGUGCGAUGAACUUAGCACAGAAGAGGAACUAAAGGAGAUCAACUCUGAGAAGAAAAAUGAACAAGAAAAAGAAAACCUGGGAAGCCUCUCAAAUGAUGAGGAAAUUGGCACAAUAGCUGUCAAUGAAGAGGCUGAAAUGUUUGUCGAGGAGAAAAACCCUAUAAUCUCCAAAGGAGUCCAUGAGGAAAGGAGGAAAUAUAAAACAAUAAUUUUCCAUGAUAGCAAAGAGGAGGAAAUUUCAGAAGAAAAGAUGCAGAAUGUUUUGGAGUCUGAUUUGGAUGAUAAGAUUACAAGUUCAGAAAUUGAGAUCAUAAAGAAGAGUGAGACUGAUUUAUGUGUCAACAAUCUUGUUGAGGAAGAAACAGUGGAAGUGGGAGGUCAAAAAGAUGGAGUUUCCAUGUCAGAAUUGGGGGAUCAAGUUCAUGAAGAAUAUGAAGUUCCCAAGGAAGACGAAAAGCAACAUAAUCAGAGAUGUCCAGACAAUAACAUUCUAGAACAUACAUGCACUGAAGCGGCAAUAAACCCAGAACCAACUUCAACUACAUGUAUGGCAGAGAACAAGCUUGAAAAGUGUGGUGAACUUAGCACAGAAGAGGAAAUAAAGGAGAUAAAUCCCGACGAGAACAGUGACCCAGAACAAGCAAACCAGGUAAGCACUUCGAUUGUAUUUUCUGAGGAAAUUAACACAAUUCUUGUAAAUGAGCAGGCUGACAUAAUUGUCAAUGAGCAAACAACUAGAAGUCCCAAAGGCCUACAGGAGCAAAGAAGUACGGAUGAAACAAUAAUCACCAGUGAUAUCAAGGAGGAAAAUUCAGAAGAAAAGAAUGUCUUGGAAUCUGAUUUUGAUGACAGGAUUACAAGUUCAGAAACUGUGAACCUGAACAGGAAUGAUACUGAUUUAUGGGACAACCAUCUGGUCAUGGAACAAAAAGUGGAAAUUGGAGGUCAAAAGGAUGAUGCAGUUUUCGCAUCAGAAGUGGGGGUUCAAGCUCAUGAAGAAUUUGAAAUUCCCACGGAAGAGGAAGAGUAUGUCCAUGAGAGAUGUCCAGACAAUAACAUUCCAGAACAAACAUGCACUGAACGGGCAAUAAACCCUGAACCAACCCCAACAACAUGUAAGAUAGAAAAUGAGAUUGAAAAGUGCGGUGAACAUAGCACAGAAAAGGAAUUAAAGGGGAUCGAUCCUGAGGAGAUAAGUGAACCAGAAAAAGCAAACCUGGGAAGCCCCUCAGAUGUAGAUUAUGACGAAAUUAACACAAUUGCAGUCAAUAAGCAGGCUGAAAUGAUAGUCAGGGAGGAAAACCCUAGGAGUCUCGAAGGAGUCCAUAAAGAAAGAACAAUAGAUGAAACAAAAGUUGCUAAUGAUAUCAAAGGGGAAGAAAUUUCAGAAAAAAAGAAUGUCUUGGCAUCUGAUUUGGAUGGAAAGAUUACAAGUUCAGAAAUUGAGAUACUAGACAAGAAUGAGACUGAUUUAUGUGUCAAUGAUCUAGUUGAGGAAGAAACAGUAGAAGUGGAUUGUCAAAAAGACGAUGCACUGUCCAUUUCAGAAUUGGGGGAUCAAGUUUACAAUGAAAUUGAAGUUCCCAAGGAAGAGGAAAAGCAAGUUAAUGAGAGAGGUCUAGACAAUACAAUCCCAGAACAAACAUGCACAGAAGGGGCAACAAACCCAGAACAAACCUCAACAACAUGUAAGACAGAGAAUAAACUUGAAAUUUGUGGUGAACUUAGCACAGAAGAGUCAUUAAAGGAGGUCAAUCCAGACAAGGAAAGUGAACCAGAAAUAGCAAACCUGGUAAGCCCCUCAAUUGUAGGUUCUGAGAAAAUUAACACAAUUGUUGUAAAUGAGCAGGCUGAAAUGAUUGUCAACAAGCAAACACCUAUAAACUCCAAAGAUGUGCACGAGGAAAGAAAUUCACAAGAAAUGAUAAUUGUCCACGAUAUCAAGGAGGAAAAUUCAGAAGAAAAGAUGCAGAAUGUCUUGGAACCUGAUUUUGAUGAUAGCAUUACAAGUUCAGAACCUGAGAUCCUGAACUGGAAUGAUACUGAUUUACAUGGCGAUCAUCUGAUUGUGAAACAAACAGUAGAAGUGGGAGGUCAAAAUGGUGAUGCAGUUUCCAGGUCUGAACUGGGGGAUCAAGUUCACGAAGAAUUCGAAGUUGCCAAGGCAGAGGAAAUAUAUAUAAAUGAGAGAGGUCCAGACAACAGCAUUGCAAAACAUACAUGCAUCGAUGGGGCAAUAACCCAGGAACCAACCCCAACAACAUGCAAGACAGAAAAUGAGCUUGAAAAGAGUGGUGAACUUAGCACAGUAAUGGAAUUAAAGGGGAUCAGCCAUGAGGAGAAAAGUGAACCAGAAAAGGCAAACCAGGGAAGCUCCCUGGACAAAGGUUAUAAGGAAAUUAACACAAUAGUCAAUGAUGAGCAAGCAGAAAUGAUUGUCAAGGAGGGAAAACCUAAAAGCCCCGAAGGAGUCCAUGAAGAAAGAACGACAGAUGGAACAAUGAUUGCCACUGAUAUCAAAGAGGAAGAAAUUUCAGAAGAAAAGAAUGUUUUGGAAUCUGAUUUUGAUGAUAAGAUUGGAUGUUCUGAAAUUGAGAUCCUAAACAAGAAUGAUAAAGAGUUAUGUCUCUACCAUCUGGUUGUGGAAGAAACAGUGGAAAUGUUAGGUCAAAACGAUAAUGCAGUCUCUACGUCAGAAUUGGGGGAUCAAGUUCGCAAUGACAUUGAGGGUUCCAAGGACGAGGAAAAGCAUGUUAAUGAGAGAGGUCUAGACAAUACCAUUCCAGGAUAUAUCCACACUGAAGGGACAACCAACCUGGAACAAACCUCAUCAGCAUGUAAGACAGAGAGUAAGCUUGAAAAUUAUGAUGAACUUAGCACAGAAGAGGAAUUAAAGCAGAUCAAUCCUGAGGGGGAAAUUGAACCAGAAAUGGACAUGGUAAGCCCCUCAAUUUUAUGUUGUGAGGAAAUUAACACAAUUCCUGUAAAGAAGCAGGCUGAAAUGAUAGUCAACAAUCAAACACAUAUAAGCCCUGAUAUCACUGAGGAAAAUUCAGAAGAAAAGAAUGUCAUGGAAACUGAUUUUGAUGAUAGGAUUACAAGUUCAGAACCUGAGAUCCAGAAGAAUGAUACUGAUUCAGCUGACAACCAUCUGAUUGUGGAACAAACAGUAGAAGUGGUAGGCCAAAAGGAUGAUGCAUUUUCCAUGUUAGAACUGGGGGAUCAAGUUCAUAAAGAAUUUGAAGUUAACAAGGAAGAGGAAAAACAUGUAGAUGAGAGAGGUUCAGACAAUAGCAUUGCAGAACCUACAUGCACUGGUGGAGCAAUAACCUCAGAACAAGCCCCAACAACAUGCAAGACAGAAAAUGAGCUCAAAAAGUGUGGUGAACUUACCACAGAAGUGGAAUUAAAGGGGAUCGAUACUGAGGAUAGCUGUGAUUCUGAAAAAGCAAACUGGGGAAGCCCCUCAGAUGUAAGUUCUGAGGAAAUUAACACAGUUGCAGUCAAUGAGCAGGCUGAAGUGAUUGCCAAUGAUAUCAAAGAUGAAGGAAUUUCAAACGAAAAGAAUGUCUUGGCAUAUGAUUUGGAUAACAAGAUUGGAAGUUCAGAAAUUGUGAUCCCAAACAAGAAUGAUACUGAGUUAUGUCUCAACCAUCUGGUUGUCCAAGAAACAGUGGAAGUGCUAGGUCAAAAAGAUGAUGCAGUGUCUACAUCAGAAAUGGGCAAUCAAGUUCAUAAUGAAAUUGAAGUUCCCAAGGAAGGGGAAAAGCAUGUUAAUGAGAGAGCUCCAGACAAUACCGUUCCAGAACAUGUAUGCACUGAAGGGCCAAUAAACCAUGAACAAAACCCAACAACAUGUAAGAAAGAAAAUGAAUCUGAAAAGGAUGGUGAAGUUAGCACAGAAAUGGAGUUACAGGGGAUCAAUCUUGAGGAGAAAAGUGAACCAGAAAAAGCAAACCUGGGAAGCCUCUCGGAUGUAGGUUAUGAGGAAAUUAACACGGUUGCCAUCAGUGAGGAGGCUGAAAUGAUUGUAAAGGAGGAAAAACCUACAAGCCCCAAAGGAGUCCAUGAAAAAAGAGGGACAGAAGAAACAAUAAUUGCCAAUGACAUCAAAGAGGAAGUAAUUUCAGAUGAAACGAUGCAGAAUGUUUCGGGAUCUUAUUUGAAUGAUAAGAUUGGAUGUUCAGAAAUUGAGAUUAUAAACAAGAAUGAUACUGAGUUAUGUCUCAACCAUCUGGUUGCGGAAACAGUGGAAGUUCACAAUGAAAUUGAACUACCCAAGGUAAAGGAAGAGCAUGAUAGUGAGAGAGCACCAGACAAUACCAUUCUAGAACACGUGUGCACCACUGAAGGGGCAACAAACCCAGAACAAAUCUCAACAACAUGUAAUGAAGAGAAUACGCUUCAAAAUACCGGUGAAGUUAGCACAGAAGAGGAAUUAAAGGAGAUCAACCUUGAGGAUGAAAGUGAACCGGAAAAAGUAAAGCUGGCAAACCCCUCAAUUGUAGGUUGUGAGGAAAUUACCGCAAUUCCUGUAAAUGAUCAGGCUGAAAUGAUGGUGAAAAAUCAAACACCUACAAGCCCUGAAGACGUACAUGAGGAAAGGAAUUCAGAUGAAAUGAUAAUUUCAGGCAAUCUCAAGGAGGAAAAUUCAGAAGAGAAGAAUGCAAUGGAAUCAGAUUUUCAUGAUAGCAUUACAAGUUCAGCAAUUGAGAUCCUGAACAGGAAUGAUACUGAUUUAGGUGACAACCAUCUGAUUGUGGAACAAACAGUAGAAGUGGGAGGUCAGAAAGAUGAUGCAGUUUCCAUGUCCGAACUUGGGGAUCAAGUGCAUGAAGAAUUUGUAGCUGCAAAGGAAGAGGAAAAAUAUGUAAAGGAGAGAGGUACAGACAAUAUCAUUACAUUACAUACAUGCACUGAUGGAGCAAUAACCCUGGAACCCACCCCAACAACAUGCAAGACAGAAAAUGAGAUUGAAAUGGGUGGUGAAGUUAGCACAGAAAUGGAAUUACAGGGGAUCAAUCUUGAGGAGAAAAGUGAACUAGAAAAAGCAAACCUGGGAAGCCCCUCGGAUGUAGGUUAUGAGGAAAUUAACAUGGUUGCCUUCAGUGAGGAGGCUGAAAUGAUUGUAAAGGAGGAAAAACCUACAAGCCCCAAAGGAGUCCAAGAAGAAAGAGGGAGAGAAAAAACAAUAAUUGCCAAUGAUAUCAAAGAGGAAGAAAUUUCAGAUGAAAAGAUGCAGAAUGUCUCGGCAUCUUAUUUGGAUGAUAAGAUUGGAUGUUCAGAAAUUGAGAUUAUAAACAAGAAUGAUACUGAUUUAUGUCUCAACCAUCUGGUUGCGGAAGAAACAGUGGAAGUUCACAAUGAAAUUGAACUACCCAAGGUAGAGGAAGAGCAUGAUAGUGAGAGAGCUCCAUACAAAACCAUUCUAGAACACAUGUGCACUACUGAAGGGACAAUAAACCCAGAACAAAUCUCAACAUGUAAUGAAGAGAAUAAGCUUCAAAAUUCUGGUGAAGUUAGCAGAGACGAGGAAUUAGAGGAGAUCAACCCUGAGGAGGAAAGUGAACCGGAAAAAGUAAAGCUGGUAAACCCCUCAAUUGUAGGUUGUGAGGAAAUUACCGCAAUUCCUGUAAAUGAUCAGGCUGAAAUGAUGGUGAACAAUCAAACACCUACAAGCCCCGAAGACGUACAUGAGGAAAGGAGUUCAGAUGAAAUGAUAAUUGCAGGCGAUCUCAAGGAGGAAAAUUCAGAAGAGAAGAAUGUCAUGGAAUCAGAUUUUCAUGAUAGCAUUACAAGUUCAGCAAUUGAGAUCCUGAACAGGAAUGAUACUGAUUUAGGUGACAACCAUCUGAUUGUGGAACAAGCAGUAGAAGUGGGAGGUCAAAAAGAUGAUGCAGUUUCCAUGUCCGAACUUGGGGAUCAAGUGCAUGAAGAAUUUGAAGCUGCAAAGGAAGAGGAAAAAUAUUUAAAGGAGAGAGCAACAGACAAUAUCAUUACAUUACAUACAUGCACUGAUGGAGCAAUAACCCCGGAACCCACCCCAACAACAUGCAAGAAAGAAAAUGAGAUUGAAAUGGGUGGUGAAGUUAGCACAGAAAUGGAAUUACAGGGGAUCAAUCUUGAGGAGAAAAGUGAACCAGAAAAAGCAAACCUGGGAAGCCCCUCGGAUGUAGGUUAUGAGGAAAUUAACACGGUUUCCAUCAGUGAGGAGGCUGAAAUGAUUGUAAAGGAGGAAAAACCUACAAGCCCCAAAGGAGUCCAUGAAGAAAGAGGGACAGAAGAAACAAUAAUUGCCAAUGAUAUCAAAGAGGAAGUAAUUUCAGAUGAAAAGAUGCAGAAUGUCUCGGCAUCUUAUUUGGAUGAUAAGAUUGGAUGUUCAGAAAUUGAGAUUAUAAACAAGAAUGAUACUGAUUUAUGUCUCAACCAUCUGGUUGCGGAAGAAACAGUGGAAGUUCACAAUGAAAUUGAACUACCCAAGGUAGAGGAAGAGCAUGAUAGUGAGAGAGCUCCAUACAAUACCAUUAUAGAACACAUGUGCACUACUGAAGGGACAAUAAACCCAGAACAAAUCUCAACAACAUGUAAUGAAGAGAAUAAGCUUCAAAAUUCUGGUGAAGCUAGCACAGACGAGGAAUUAAAGGAGAUCAACCCUGAGGAGGAAAGUAAACCAGAAAAAGUAAAGCUGGUAAGCCCCUCAAUUGUAGGUUGUGAGGAAAUUAGCGCAAUUCCUGUAAAUGAUCAGGCUGAAAUGAUGAUGAAAAAUCAAACACCUACAAGCCCUAAAGACGUGCAUGAGGAAAGGAGUUCAGAUGAAAUGAUAAUUGCAGGGGAUCUCAAGGAGGAAAAUUCAGAAGAGAAGAAUGUCAUGGAAUCAGAUUUUCAUGAUAGCAUUAGAAUUUCAGAAAUUGAGAUCCUGAACAGGAAUGAUACUGAUUUAGGCGACAACCAUCUGAUUGUGGAACAUACAGUAGAAGUGGGAGGUCAAAAAGAUGAUGCAGUUUCCAUGUCCGAACUUGGGGAUCAAGUGCAUGAAGAAUUUGAAGCUGCAAAGGAAGAGGAAAAAUAUGCAAAGAAGAGAGGUCCAGACAAUAUCAUUAUAGAACAUACAUGCACUGAUGGAGCAAUAACCCUGGAACCCACCCCAACAACAUGCAAGACAGAAAAUGAGAUUGAAAUGGGUGGUGAAGUUAGCACAGAAAUGGAAUUACAGGGGAUCAAUCUUGAGGAGAAAAGUGAACCAGAAAAAGAAAACCUGGGAAGCCCCUCAGAUGUAGGUUAUGAGGAAAUUAACACGGUUGCCAUCAGUGAGGAGGCUGAAAUGAUUGUAAAGGAGGAAAAACCUACAAGCCCCAAAGGAGUCCAUGAAGAAAGAGGGACAGAAGAAAAAAUAAUUGCCAACUAUAUCAAAGAGGAAGAAAUUUCAGAUGAAAAGAAUGUCUUGGCAUCUUAUUUGGAUGAUAAGAUUGUAUCUUCAGAAAUUGAGAUCCCAAACAAGAAUGAUACUGAAUUAUGUCUCAACCAUCUUGUUGUCAAAGAUAUAGUGGAAGUGUUAGGUCAAGAAGAUGAUGCAGUCUCUAUGUCAGAAUUGGGGGAUCAACUUCACAACGAAAUCAAACUAACCAAGGUAGAGGAAAAGCAUGAUAAUAAAAAAGGUCUAGACAAUACAAUUCUGGAACAUGGAUGCACUACAGAAGGGGCAACAAACCCAGACCAAACCUCAACAACAUGUAGUACAGAGAAUAAGCUUCAAACUUUUGGUGAAGUUAGCAGUAGCACAGAAGAGGAAUUAAAGGAAAUCAAUACUGAGGAGGAAAGUGAACCAGAAAAAACAAACCUUGUAAGCUCCUCAAUUGUAGGCUUUGAGGAAAUUAGCACAAUUCCUGUAAAUAAGGAGGCUGAAAUGAUUGUCAACAAUCAAACACCUAUAAGCCCCAACAACGGACAUGAGGAAAGAAGUUCAGAUGAAACGAUAAUUGUGCAUGAUAUCAGGGAGGAAAAUUCAGAAGAAAAGAACGUCAAGGAAUCUGAUUUUGAUAAUACAAUUACAAGUUCAGAAACUGAGAUCCUGAAAGGGAAUGACACUGUUUUAGGCAACAACAAUCUCAUUGUGCAACAAACAGUAGAACUGGCAGGACAAAAAGAUGAUGCAGUCUCUAUGUCAAAAUUGGGGGAUCAAGUUCACAAUGAAAUUGAAGUUCCCAUGGACGAGGAAAAGCAUGCUAAUGAGAGAGGUCUAGACAGUAUCAUUCCAGAACAUGCAAGCACUGAAGGGUCAAUAAACCAGAAACCAACCCCAAUAACAUGCAAGAUAGAAGAUGAACUUGAAAACUGUGGUGAAUUUAGCACAGAAGUGGAAUUACAGGGGAUUAAUCUUGAGGAGAAAUGUGAUUCUGGUAAAGCAAAUCUGGGAAGCCCCUUAGCUGUAGGUUCUGAGGAUAUUAACACAAUUGCAGCAAACAAGCAGGCUGAAAUUAUUGUCAAGGAGGAAAAACCUAGAAGCGCCCAUGGAGUCCAUGAAGAAAGAAUGACAGGUGAAACAAUAAUUGCCAACACUAUCAAAGAGCAAGAAAUUUCAGGAGAAAAGAUGCAGACUGUCUUGGCAUCUUAUUUGGAUGAUAAGAUCGGAUGUUCAAAAAUUGAAAUCCUAAACAAGAACAAUACUGAAUUAAGUCUCAACCAUCUGGUUGUUGAAGAAACAGUGGAAGUGUUAGGUCAAGAACAUGCAGAUGCAGUCUCUAUGUCAGAAUUGGGUGAUCAAAUUCACAAUGAAAUUGAACUACCCAAGGUAGAGGAAAAUCAUGAUAAUGAGAGAGAUGCAGACAAUACUAUUCUAGAACAUGCAUGCACUAUUGAAGGGGCAACAAACCCAGAACAAACCUCAAUGACAUGUAAUACAGAGAAUAGGCUUCAAAAUUCUGGUGAGGUUAGCACAGAAGAGGAAUUAAACGAGAUUGAUCCUGAGGAGGAAAUUGAACCAGAAAAAGCAAACCUGGUAAGCCCCUCAAAUGUAGGUUGUGAGGAAAUUAGCCCAAUUCCUGUAAAUGAGCAGGCUGAAAUGAUUGUCAAUGAUCAAACACCUACAAGCCCCAAAGACAUACGUGAGAAAAGAUCUUCAGAUGAAAUGAUAAUUUCCCAUGAUAUCAAAGAGGAAAAUUCAAAAGAAAAGAAUGUCGCAGGAUCAGAUUUUGAUGAUAGGAUUAUAAGUUCAGGAACUGAGAUCCUGAACAAGAAUGGUACUGAUUUAAGUGACAACCAUCUGAUUGUGGGACAAACAGUAGAAGUGUUAGGUCAAAAAGAUGAUGCAGUUUCCAUGUCGGAACUGGGGGAUCAUGUUCAUGAAGAAUUUGAAGUUGCCAAGGAAAAAGAGAAACGUGUAAAUGAGAGAGGUCCAGACAAUAGCAAUGCAAAACAUACAUGCACUGAUGAAGCAAGAACCCUGGAACCAGCCCCAACAACAUCCAAGUCUGGUAAAAUUAGGACAGAAGAGGAAUUAUUGGGGAUCAAUCCUGAGGAGAAAUGUGAUUCUGAAAAAGCAUACCAGGGAAGCCACUCAAAUGUAUGUUCUGAAGAAAUUAACACUAUUGCAGUGAACAAACAGGCUGGAAUGAUUGUCAAGGAGGAAAACCCUAGAAGCCCCCAUGGAAUCCAUGAAGAAAGAAAGACAGAUGAAAAACUAAUUGGCAACAAUAUCAAAGAUGAAGAAAUUUCAGAUGAAAAGAAUGUCUCGGCAUCAUAUUUGGAUGAUAAGAUUACAAGUUUAGAAAUUGAGAUCCUAAACAAGAACAAUACUGAGUCAUGUCUCAACCAUCUAGUUGUACAAGAAACAGUGGAAGUGGUAGGUCAAAAAGAUGAUGUAGUUUUGAUGUCAGAAUUGGGGGAUCAAGUUCACAAUGAAGUUGAUAUUCCUAAGGAAGAUGAAAAGCAUGCUAAUGAGAGAGGUCCAGACAAUACCAUUCUAGAACAUGCAUGCAUUGAAGGGUUAAGAAACUGGGAACCAACCCGAACUACAUUUAAGACAGAAAAUGAGCUUGAAAAGUUCAGUGAACUUGGCACAGAAAUGGAAUUAAAGGGGAUUAAUCUUGAGGAGAAAAGUGAACCAGAAAAAGUAAACCAGGGAAGUGCUUUUGACAUAGGAUAUGAGGAUAUUAAUACAACUGCAGUCAAUCAGCAGGUCGAAACGAUUGUCAAGGAGGAAAAACUUAGAAGCCCUAACGGAGUCGAUGAAGAAAGAAUGACAGAUGAAACAAUGAUUGCCACCGAUACCAAAGAAGAAGAAAUUUCAAAAGAAAAGAAUGUCUCAGAAUCUUAUUUGGAUGAUACGAUUGGAAGUUCAGAAAUUGAGAUACUAAACAAGAAUGAUACAGAGUUAUGUCUCAACCAUCUGGUUGUCAAAGAAACAAUCGAAGUGUUAGGUCAAAAAGAUGAUGCAGUCUCUAUGUCAGAAUUGGGGGAUCAAGCUCAGAAUGAAAUUCAGGUUUCCAAGGAAGAGGAAAAGCAUGAUAAUGAGACUGCAUCAACAUAUAAGACAGAGAAUAAGCUUUGCACAGAAGGGGUAUUAAAGGAAAUCAAUCCUGAGGAUAAAAGUGAACCAGAAAAAGCAAACCUGGUAAGGCCCUCAAUUGUAGGUUCUGAGGAAAUUAACAUAAUUCCUGUAAAUGAUCAGACUGAAAUGAUUGUUAGCGAGCAGUCACCUAGAGUCCCUGAAGGCAUGAAUGAGGAAAGAAAUACAGAUGAAACAAUAAUUGUUAGCAAUAUCAAGAAGGAAAUAUCAGAAGAAAAGAAUGUCUCAAAAUCUGAUUUCGAUGAUGGGAUUACAAGUUCAGAAACUGAGAUCUUGAACAAGAAUGAUACUGAUUCGUGUGACAACCAUCUGGUUGUGGAACAAAUGGUGGAAGCGGGAUGUGAAAAAGUCUAUCCAGUUUCCAUGUUAGAAUUGGGGGAUCAAGUUCAUGAAGAAUUUGAAGUUCCCAAGGAAGAGGAAAAACUUGUUAAUGAAAGAGGUCCAGACAAUACCAUUCCAGAACAUACGUGCACUGAAGAGCGAAUAAACCUGGAACCAGCCCCAACAACAUGUAAGACAGAAAAUGAGCUUGAAAAGUGUGGUGAGUUUAGCACAGAGGAGGAAUUAAAGGGGAUCAAUCCUGAGGAGAAAUUUGAAUCUGAAAAGGCAAACCUGGGACUCCCCUCAGAAGUAGGUUCUGAUGACAUUAGCACAAUUGGAGUCCAUGAGCAGGCUGAAAUGAUUGUCAAGGAGGGAAAACCAAGAAGCCCCAAUGUAGCCCAUGAAGAAAGAAAUACAGAUGAAACAAUAAUUGCCAAUUUUAUCAAGGAGGAAGAAAUUUCAGAAGCAAAGAAUGCCUUGGGAUCUGAUUUGGAUGAUAAUAUUACAAGUUCAGAAAAUGAAAUCCAAAACAAGAAUGGUAUUGAUUUAUCUUUCAACCAUCUGGUUGCUGAAGAAACAAUGGAAGUAGAAGGUCAAAAAGAUGAUGCAGUUUCCACAUCAGAAUUGGGGGAUCAAGUCCAUAAAGAAUUUGAAGUUCCCAAGGAAGAGGAAAAGUUUGUUAAUAUGAUUCCAGAACAUAGAUGCACUGUUGGGGCAAUAAACCCAGAACCAACUGCAGCAACAUGUAAGGCAGAGGAUAAACUUCAGAAGUCUGGUGAACUUAGCACAGAAGAGGAAUUAAAUGAGAUCAAUCCUAAGGAGAAAAUUGAACCAGAAAACAAGACAUUUGAAACACUCGGAAUUGCAGAGAGUAGCAUUUUAGAUAGUACAACCACUGAAAGGGCAGUAAACAUGGAAGUGACUUCAACAAGAUGUGAGAUGCACUUCAAACUUGAAAAGAAUCUCGAACUGAACUCUGAAGUGGAGUCAAAGGGGAUAACAGCCACAGAUUACAAAAAAUAUGAGACAUAUCAGAAAGAAAAAAGUCCUGAAACUGAGUUUCAAAUAACAAUGGAAGGUAAUGACAAUGAUAAAACUAUAGAGGAACAUGUUCCUGCCAAGAGUAAUGCUCUAUUUUGCACUGGAGAAGAAGAAUAUCAUCAUGAUCAAGAGGAUAAGAACAGACAAAUCAGUUUAACAGAAGCAUUACCUGAAUUGGAGUUAGAUAGUGUGGAUCAGAGUUGUGAUAGAUCAAAUCAGACAAACAUCAAUGACCCAAUUAUAUAUGAAAAGGUACUCAUGGGCCCUAAGAUAGCUGACAGGGGUGAAGGCACAGAAAAAGAGAUGAAAAGUGAAAAGCUAUUUGUUACAGAUCACUCACCAGAAUCCACUGGUCAACACAUAACAAAGUACUCUCAAGAAAAUGAUACAAAGGUAAAUAAGGGCAAAGUUGAGAUUAACACGAUAGCCAAUAAAGAAGAUAAAAGAGAGAAGUAGAUCUCCUGAUCAAAAAAAACAAAGACACGUUUUUUCUAUGCAAAGUAUCCUCUUUCAAUGAUUUCCAGAAGUGGUACGCUUACUCUGAAUUGGUAAUCUGAGUCCCAGGGAGAAAUAUCAUCCUUUCUAAGUUGAUC